AAUGAUGGAAGUAGUUGGAAUACUUUUUUACUUGUUUAUAUAUACGCGAGCGUUGGACGAUCCAAGAGCAUCAUCAUGUUCGAUAUGUUUUGGUGGGCUAUAAUUAACAUCAAUCCAUAGUCCAAGAGCAAACGCAAAAAAAACUUGAUGACGGAAUAGUGGUACUCAGAGAGAGAAAAAGGUUAAUACUAUUCUUGCACUGUGGCUCUGCAUCAAAACAUUGGUGCCACAGCCACGUUCAAUAAUGUGGAGAAUUCCUCUUAUAUGUAUUUUUAUAUAGGCCCUUGCAUUGUUUUAACUCAAGCCACAUCUACUAUGUGGUUGGGGGGGAGGGGGGAAUUGCAAGAACUUUGAUCGGAGAGGGAGGCGCAGUGCGCAUUGUUGCGAAAAAGAAAAAAAGCCGAAAAUGCAAGUUCUCUUUUUUUGACCCAUCCUCGGAACACCGAAAAAAAACAGGGUCCACAAGAAAAAUGGGAGACGACGACUAUGAUAUUAAACAACACCUUGAUCUCGUAAAGCCGUGGUCGAACGAUCUGACCGAAUUCUUAGCGCGAUAUUAUACCCUGCAUUACCAUCGCGAUCUGGACAACAAGAUCUAUGUUCGCCAGGCACCCAACAAAGUGUGCAUUCUUGGCAUUACUGAACAGCAUCCGGCAAUACUCACCAACAAGGAACAAUCGCUCAAACUGGAAGCUACCCUCGGAUCCAACGCCAAUGUGAAGCCUGACACCGUACUUUGCGAGAUCGUUAGCGGUGAUGCACGCUACGCCAUUAAAGCCAACAUGUAUGGCAAAUUACUUGAAAUAAACCCUCGGAUACUUGAAAGUUCCGAGUUGCUCCUCAACAAGCCAGAGACCGAAGGCUAUUUGGCAGUCAUCAAGUCUCAGUACGAGGAUACAGCCAAGCAAUUGGAAGCUUUUACUAGUGCUGGUGACACUACUACUACUACUACUACUGCUGCUGCUGCUGCUGCUGCUGCUACAAGCUAAUAAUAAAAAAAGAGAGUUUACCGACUUGGUUACGCAGUUGC